UUGACUGACGAUUUCUGUUUUCAAGCUAAAAUUGUUUCAUCAAUAUUAUUGUCUCGUAACAAAUGGAGCCAAACUAGACAAAAUUUGAAAAGAUUUCAUCACCGUACACGAUAUUUGCCUUUGUGUUUAGUGAAAUAUAUGUAAAAGUGGAGUAGAUUAAGGGAGGUAAACGUCAGCAUUGUAGUAUAACCUCUAUUGUUUUUAUUAUUCGAAUGAGAAUCAGCAUUGCUGCUUCAUAAAUAUUUGCUUAGAAAAAGCAUCGUUUUUUAAAGACAAAAUGAGUGUAAGACUUUUGAAAGAUCCAGCCACUGUAAGUAGCCGUAUAUUUGUGGGUCAUUUACAAACUGAUGAUAUGACCAAACACGAACUGGAGGAACACUUUUCAAAAUACGGAACUGUUGUUGGUUCCGCGAUAAACCGAGGUUUCGGUUUCGUUCAGUUCGAAGAAGAACAGUCCGCGCAAAAAGCUAUUCAAAACGAAAAUGGUGCAAUGUUCAAAGGCAGAAGAAUAGACGUUAGACCAGCAAAGAAAGAUAAUCAGUCUGGAGGUGGUGGAGGACCAGGGAAACAAGGAGGACCUAACAAUCAAUUCAAUUCCAGUGCCAAUCAUUUCAAUGCUGGAAAUGAUUCUUUUAACAGCGGGAAUCAAAGCUAUGGAGGAAAUACGAAUUUUACUCCGAAUCAAAGUUUUGGUUCUGACUUACAAUUAAACGACAAUCAAAAAGUAAAUAAUAUGCAGAAUCGAGGUACUGGAAAUGAUCAGUUUGCAGAUGGAAAUCAGAAUAGGGACAACGAUCAAUUUUCAAAUCAAAAUCGAAAUAACGGAAAUGACCAGUUUAAUAACUUGAUGCAGAAUAAAGGAAAUAAUCAGUUCAGUCCAGGUAAUCAGAAUCGAAGCGGUAAUCAAUUUGGACCGGGUGGAAAUCAAAGUAGACCUGGUGGGAAUCAAAAUCGCAAUGCAAAUAAUCAGAAUAAUCACAAUCAAAGUGGCACUGGAGGAGUGGGAGUGAACAAUGCUGGUGGCGGCAGACCAAGAGGUAUUAGGGGUGGAAAAAAUCGCAAUAAGAAUAGAGAUAGCUCAGGUGGGAACAACUUCAGAGAUCGUAGUCCUAUCAACAGAGGAGGACGUUUAGACGAAAAAGGUGGUCGCGAUUGGGAUCAUAAACAAAGCGAUAGAGUAAGAAACAAUAACUUUGUUAGGGACUCGUUUAACGAUAGUAACAACCGAUUUGAAGAUUUCAAGGCAACUGGUCCAAAUGGUCCUAGAGACAUGAACAUGAGUUUUAAUAACACAAGCACGUCCAGCGAGUACUCGAAUGUAGCAACGGAAAAAAAUGACUGUGAAAUUAUCGUUGUCAACAAAGCGUUAACGGAGUAUGCCGAAAGUAUCGAGGCGCGGUUGAAAAAGAUUGGAUUAACGGUAGAUUUACUAUUCCCAAACGAAGAUGUACUUUUGAGCAGAGUUUUAGGAAAUAUAGCGAGCCGUGGAUGCUUGUACGCCGUUGUAGUUACACCUAUCAAUCAAGAACAUCAUUCCCUGACGCUAAAUAUUCUUCACGGUUUGCCACAAGAACACAGAAAUAUGCUCGUCGACGAUGCCAUUAAUUUAAUAUCACGAGACUUUUCCAAUUACAAAGCUGGUGGACGGUCGGUCCCGUUAAACACACCGUUUGCGAACGAACGACAUCCCGAUGCCAUUCAAGUUCUUUUAAAUAUGUUGGCCGAUAAUCACCAGUUAACGGUACUACAGUACGACCGUGUUAUAAAAUAUCUCGAAAUGAAGCGCGAAGAACAAGUGCAGGUAGAAUUGGGAGAUGCGAAAGAUUUACCGACGACAACCACGACGAUAGCAGUCAGCGACCCGAAACAGGCUGAAUUACAGUCGAGGAUACUUAAUAUCCUAAACAGUAAUAAACCAAGUUCGUCCGCGCCAGCGCCCAGUCCGGUGCCAGCUCCGGCUUCAGCGCCAGUUCCGGUCCCGCCAGCCACUUGGGGAUCAGCAUCAACUGCCGCAACAGCAUCCACAACUACUGCUACUACGGGAGUUUCACCGUCACCUCUACUAAACGAUCCAACAGUUCAAAAGGCACUUGACAGUCUGUUGCAAGGCAAUUUGCUCAAAAGCAUCGGCGAUCAGCAACCGGCUACAACCACAACACCUCUGUUUGCCGCUUUUUCAAAUAUCGGCCGAUAUUAAUUCAUUUCAAUGUUUUCUCAUGUUCGCUUCAUCCAGCAAGAAAUUGCAUCUCAUUUUAUUUCAUUCGAUGAAGUGAAAAACUCUAUGUCGAUAUUUAAUAGGAAAACAGAACAUUAGCAAAAUCAAAAUUAACAGCAAGUGAUUUUGAUAUUUGUCUCCGGUAAAGUGUUAGGUAUGCUUUUACUUGCAUAAAGUAAUACACUUUUUAACACACAGAAUUUGAUGAUUUGUAAGAUGUUCUAUAGAUAUUAUUUGUAUAAUUCACAAUAAUAGGUAUACACUGAUAUUUAUCUAUACAUUUGCUCGAUCCUUUCAUUCCUAGGACAGAAACAUUUAGCAUAGUACGUACGGUAUAACGUAAACAAAGGAGAAGCAAAAUAUCGUUGGACGUAAAUCCAAUUGUUUUCGAGUGUGAGCUUUUAUGCUUCUUUUAUCCUCUUGCUACCUAUUGCUACGAAGUUAAUCAAGCUUUUGGAUACACUUUGGAUAUUAAAAGCCAGGUUUAAAGUAUAAUUGUACACUGUACUUUAUCAGAGCCUGAAUAGUUUGUUGCGAUGAUAAGUAUUUCGAUACAUAAUAUAUUGACUUAGUAAUCGACAAUUUGAUUAAAUAUUUCAAUCAUUUUCUGCAAUUAUACGUUAUUCUUAUAUUAGCGAGGUAGAAUUUAUUAUAUUAUCGUUCUGAUGAAUUGCAGCUGUUGCUUUGAUCACUUUUAUAGCCCUUAUUAGUCUCAUAAAAUUAUAUCACUAAUGGUUAUAACGUCGUCACACAUAAUUCUGAUUUCAACUGAGAUUA